UCUCCUGUUUCAGGUCAGUCAGGAUCACCAAAGUUAUUUAAUUUUGUUAAGUGCCUCAAUAAUGAGAGAGAGAAUUUCUUGGAGAAUUUUGUUAUUUUCCUGAGGUUAAAAGUUUACAUACACAAAAAGUACCACGUCUUAAAAAGAACUUGGGGAAACCCAGAUGAUGAGGCCAUGGCUUUGGAAGCUCCAGAUAGGUUAACAGAGAACGUGUGAGUUAAUUGACAGUACACCCGGGGAUGUAUUUAAAGCCACACCUCAAAUACUCGACUUCCUUUUUUUGAAAUCAUGGGAAAAUCAAAAGAAAUCGGGAAGGAAGCAGAGAACCAAAUUGUGGAGCUCCACAGGUCUGGCUCACCCUUGGGUGCAAUUUUCAGAUGUUUGAUGGUGCCACGUUCAUCUGUUCGAACAAUUAUAUGCAAAUACAAUAUAAACAUAACGGGAAUGCCCAGCCAUCACACUGCUCAGGAAGGAGAUGGACUCUGUGCCUCAGAGAUGAAGAUGUUUGGUCUGAAAUGCGGAACUUAACCUCAGAACAAAAGCUCAAGACCUUGCAAAGAUGCUGGAUGAAGCUGGUAAGAAAGUAUCAGUAACCACAGUUAAACGAGUCCUGCGCCGACAUGGGCUGAAAGACCACUCGCCGAGAGGAAACCAUUCCUCCUAAAGACAGAUUACACUUUGCAAAAAGACGUGAAAACAAUGAUCUUAACUUCUGGAGACAUGUCCUGUGGUCUGAUGAAACUAAAGUGGAGCUGAUAAUGAUCACUGUUACAUCUGGAGGAAAAAGGGGGAAGCUUUUUGACCUGAGAACACCAUUCCAACUGUGAGGCUACAUGAAAUAAUUUUGGUACUCCUCACUGACCUGAAACAGGAGAGGUUUUAUCUGAUUUGACUUCAGACAGUGACACAAAAAAUCAAAUGUGUUUUUGCAAAAAAAAAAAAAAAAAAAUCAGUAACUGAACAUAGAUCUACUUGGCCAACUGGAUGGAAAUAAAUAUUGUCAUGCUCCGGGCUUCCUGUACAGGCUGGGCCCGGCCAGCCAAUUAGUCAGCGCACACCUGCACCUUGUCCCGGCUGAUGCCUCCCAGUAUAUAUAGGACUUGGGGGACGAUUUGUCCUCCGCUAGAUCGUUGUUCUUGAUGCCUCGUUCCCGCACUCCUGUUUUCCUGACUUCUGCUCUCCGUGCACCGACCCACGCCUGUCCACUGACCACCCUCCGUGCAGAUGAGAGUUUAACUAUUGACACCACCCUGCUGGUCCAUUUCUUCGGGAAGAAAGGGAAGGCUGAGCUCACUUUUGAUGACUUUUAUAGGUUUAUGGACAACCUCCAGACUGAGGUCCUGGAGAUUGAAUUUCUGACCUACUCCAAAGGAAUGGCCACCAUCAGUGAAGAGGACUUUGCCAAAAUCCUCUUGCGCUUCACCAAUGUGGAGAAUAUCGGUGCCUACCUUGAAAAUGUUAGACACAGCAUACCUGAUGAAAAGGGAAUAACCUUUGAUGAGUUCCGCUCCUUCUUCCAGUUUCUCAACAACCUUGAGGAUUUUGCCAUUGCCAUGCAGAUGUACAAUUUUGCAUCUCGCUCCAUCGGACAAGAUGAGUUUGCAAGGGCAGUUUAUGUGGCCACAGGUCUGAAGCUGACACAUCACUUGGUCAACACUAUCUUCAAAAUCUUUGACGUGGAUCAUGAUGACCAGCUCUCUUACAAGGAGUUCAUUGGCAUCAUGAAGGACAGGCUGCACCGAGGUGCCAGGGGAUAUAAAGCGAUGGAGCGAGCCGUUUCCUUUAGAUCCUGCUUGAAAAGAGAGCUGGCAGGCAGUAGGUGAAGGUUCCGUGUCGCACGUCCUUUCCCCCGCCAAGUUGUCCUUGAGGCCAAGAGACAAGUGAAUUGAUCCGGGCUGGAAAAAGAUGUAGCAGAUUCGAUGAGGUUCGAAGGUGGACAACUGGACACAGAGUUUUUUGAAUUCAAGUCCAAGGAUGAAAUAUACUGAAGGUUCAGGAGAUGAAAACGUCAUCACCUGCAGUGCAAUUUAUACACAGUGAAUUGAUACCUUGGCCACAGUCAUUAUUUAUGCGGUAUUUAUGUUGUUAUGUUUGUACUUACUAGAAUGUUUGCAUGAUUGUCAUGUUGCCCGUUUCAGACCAUUUGUUUUAUAACUAAUUUGUUCGCUUUGAAUCCCUUUUCUGCUGUGACUAGAGAAGAGUAAUGUAGGUCCUCCCUGUUUCAUGUUGUGGGAGCAUUUCAAUUGUUACGUCACAAAAUACCACGAACACAAAUUUCAUUUGCAUUAAUAAACAGUUAACAUGU